UGAUAAGUAUAUCCGUACUCUUUGGUCUACAACAUCAGCUCAUGGGUUCCAUUGGAUCCUAGAUGAACCAGGACUUGGAAAAAAGAUUAUUUGGUUUAUCCUCUCAAAUUCUCUCCUCUUUUAUGCUUUUACAAUGUCAGUCUAUAUCAUCCAGGCUGAGAUAAGAGAUCCCAAAUAUACCACAGAGAUUGUCAUUCAAGAAGGAGACUUAAAGAAUGGACAACUUUUCCCUAACUUUGCAGUCUGUGAUCCAAAUCCAUUCAGUCAGAAAAAAGCACAAGAGGCAAAUGUUAGUGAGACAAUGUUAGCAUAUCUUUCUAAUUAUGUUUAUGUGUCAACAGAUCACAUUGAAUUGAUUGAAAACCGCACUGAAGAGCUUGAUGUAGAGUUUAUUGAGACUCUAGCUAGGUUUAACAAUGAUACAAUCAAGCUUCUGGAUGCUGUUACUAAGAAUUGUGAUGAACUUAUAGUUGGUUGUCAGGCAGGAUUUGCUCCUGUUUCUGGAAACUGCUGUGCUAAAUUCUUCAAUGAAGGAGGGAUUUUAAAGAACAAAAAAAAUGAAGAUUAGGGUUUUAUUUUCAA